CGUGGGGUGGAGGGGCGGCGAGAAGUCAGGUGCAGCCGCGGCCCGGAAAGUUUCCUCUUAGGCCCGAAUUGGGGGUUGCCUUCUCUCCGGGGAGCCCCGGUCCUAGCGCCGGGGACCCCCCGAGGGCGUCGGGGAGGGGGGAGAGCACUCGGCUGGCUGGAAAACUCUUUGCCAGUUCCUGUCCAUUCAAGAUGAGAAAACUGACCAGAUUGGAGCCCCAUCCCUGAUCCUCCCAGAGGCAAUGAAUGAUCUGUUUCUCUGCUGCAUAAACUGCCCCUAACCUUUCUCAUAAGUCAGACAAUCUGCUUCCUCUUGGUUGAGAGCAUUCCAAACUGUGGUCCCCCUGGGCUCUCUUCACAUUGCUGUGGUGCAGAAGAUUUAAAAUCAGCUGAUGUUCACGAGGAAUAGAGUCACGUGAUGUAUGAAGGGAAACAUAUACACUUCUCUGAGGUUGACAAUAAGCCCUUGUGCUCAUAUAGCCCCAAACUGUGCAAACAGCGGCGACUGAACGGUUACGCUUUCUGCAUCAGACACGUUCUGGAAGACAAGAGCGCCCCCUUCAAGCAAUGUGACUAUGUGGCCAAGUACAACAGCCAGCGCUGCACCAACCCCAUUCCCAAAUCAGAGGAUCGGAGGUACUGCAGCAGCCACUUGCAGGUACUCGGCUUUAUCCCGAAAAAAGAAAGGAAGAAAAAGAAUGAUCCGGUAGAUGAGGUGAAGGUCAGGCACCAGAUGGAUGCCAUGGCGUUUAGCCUGACGGUGCCCACGUUGGCCUUGAAGAUGCCCAAUGGACUGGAUAGCAUGUCCCUCUCUCCACCUGGGGCAAGGGUCCCUCUCCACUACCUGGAAACCGAGUUGGAAGACCCCUUUGCUUUCAACGAGGAAGAGGACGACCUAAAGAAAGGGGCAGCUGUGAGGAAGAAGCUGCAGAGCAAGCUGGCUCAGAACCGGCAGCGCCAGAGAGAGACAGAGAUUUUGAAAGUCCGGCAAGAGCACUUUAGCACCCCUCCCGCGCCUCCGCAGCCGCACGCCCACCUGUCACCUCUAUCCACUUCUUUAAAACCUCCAGCGCCACCGCAGGGCUCAGUCUGCAAGCCACCUCAACCUCAGAACACCAGCCUACCAAUGCAGGGAGUGGCCCCCACCACACACUCGAUAGCACAAGCGAGGCAGGCCUCCCACAAGAGGCCUCUGCCCCUCCUUCCAUCCUCCAGUCGGGCUCCCGUCUCAGACGCCCCCAGGACUGACCGAAUCCUCAUGAAAGCCACCGCCUUCUCUCCACACUUCUCCUGUAUAAGCCGACUGCGGAGACUGGUGAAACUGUGUACCCAAAAGCAUCAGCUGGACGCAGACCUGUUCCCUCACUUAGGGUUGGACUGGUCUGAAGAGAGCGGAGAAGAGCUGGAGGACUCAGAUCAGGCCUCGCCAUAUCAGGUCGCAUGGUCCAUCCGAGAAACCCUCAGAUAUGAAAGACACACGUCGGACAACGAUGACGUGGGGAGCAGGAGCUCCAGGGUGACCCAACUUUGCACUUACUUUCAGCAGAAAUACAAGCACCUCUGCCGCCUGGAGCGGGCAGAGUCUCGACAAAAGAAAUGCCGGCAUACUUUUAGGAAAGCGCUGCUGCAGGCAGCCAGUAAAGAGCCUGAAUGCACUGGCCAGUUGAUCCAGGAACUGCGGAGAGCUGCGUGCAGUCGAGCCAGCUUCAACCAGACCAAGUUGAAGGAGGUGGAGCCAGCUGCGUGCAGCGGAACAGUGAAGGGCGAGCAGUGCUCCAACAAGGCCCUUCCUUUCACCAGACAUUGUUUCCAGCACAUCCUCUUGAACGGCUCUCAGCAGCUGUUCUCCAGCUGUACGGCCAAGUUUGCAGAUGGACAGCAGUGCCCUGUACCAGUGUUUGACAUCACACACCAGACGCCCCUGUGUGAAGAACAUGCCAAAAAAAUGGAUAAUUUCUUGAGAGGAGAUAACUCCCGUAAAGUUCAGCACCAGCAACAGAGGAAACCUAGGAAAAAAACGAAGCCCCCUGCACUUACCAAAAAACACAAGAAGAAGAGACGGCGUGGACCUCGUCGACCCCAGAAACCAAUUCCCCCUGCAGUGCCCCAAGGGAACCUCAGCAUGCCCACCAGCGUCUCACUGCCAGUGGAGGCCUCGCAGAUCCGUAGCCCUUCCACGCCAGAGCUGAGUGCUGAUGAAUUGCCGGACGACAUUGCCAACGAGAUCAGCGACAUUCCGCAUGACUUAGAAUUGAACCACGAAGACUUUGCGGAUGUCCUGCCACGGCUGCCUGAUGACUUACAAGAUUUUGAUUUCUUUGAAGGAAAGAAUGGAGACCUCCUCCCGACCACCGAAGAAGCCGAGGAGCUUGAGCGGGCCUUGCAGGCUGUGACUUCUCUCGAGUGCCUGAGUACCAUUGGGGUCCUUACCCAGUCAGACGGGGUGCCAGUUCAGGGGUUGUCAGACAGAGGGAUGGGGGUGUUCUCCGGGGGAACCGAUGCUUCGGGAAUCCAGUCCUUGAGCCGAGAAGUGAACUCGGACCUAGGGGAGCUACUGAAUGGACGUAUAGUACACGACAGCUUUUCUAGUCUGGACCUGGACGAGAACCUGCUCCGCUCUGCUUCUCUGUCUAACCCACCUACACCCCUGGCAGGGCAGAUCCAGGGGCAGUUCUCUGCCCCAGCCAGCGUUGGCCUUACUUCUGCCACUCUGCUCAGCCAGAGUGCACUUGGGGAGAGAGCCUUCCCAGGACAGUUUCAUGGACUUCAUGAUGGCAGCCAUGCCUCCCAGAGGCCACAUCCUGCCCAGCUGCUGAGCAAGGCAGAUGACCUAAUCACCUCACGACAGCAAUACAGCAGUGAUCAUUCACACUCCUCACCCCAUGGAAGCCAUUAUGAUAGCGAGCACGUGCCGUCGCCCUACAGUGACCAUAUCACCUCUCCCCACACAUCGUACUCUGGUGAUACUAUGGCAGCUACCUUUUCAGCAGAGAUGCCCAUCAUGGCACAGCACUUGCUCCCCAGCCAGCUCGAGGUGCCACUUGGAGGAGUGGUCAACCCCAGAACUCACUGGGGGAGUCUCCCCGUCAACCUUGGCGACCCCUCUGCAUUCAGCAACCUCCUUGGCGCGGAUGGACACCUUCUUUCCACUUCCCUCUCCACGCCGCCCACCACGUCCAACUCAGAGACCACACAGCCUGCCUUCGCCACCGUUACCCCAAGCAGUUCCAGUGUGCUUCCGGGGUUACCGCAGACCAGCUUCAGUGGCAUGGGGCCUUCCGCUGAACUAAUGGCCUCCACCUCUCCCAAGCAGCAACUCCCGCAGUUCAGCGCAGCCUUCGGCCACCAGCUGAGUUCUCACAGUGGCAUUCCUAAGGACCUGCAGCCCAGCCACAGCUCCAUAGCCCCUCCGACAGGCUUCACAGUAACAGGUGCCACGGCCACAAGUACCAAUAAUGCAUCUCCCCCUUUCCCCACCCCUAACUGAGUCUGUGCUUGCAGGCAGGUGGAACCUGGCGUUUUCUACGUGUUUCCUCUUUUGCACCCCUCCCUCCCUCCUCUUUUCCUGCAGAAGAUUUAAAAAUAAAAGUGGGGAUUAGCGGGACUCCCCCUUCCCAGUCAGCAAGCGGCCGUGGACCUUGCGUCAGUGUUCACGUGUGCUCCUUAGCACUGGUGCUCAUUCCCUCCUGGCGGGUCCUCGUGGCCUGGCGGUUUUCUCUGGUGGCUCAGCACAGUGACUGGAUAGGUUGAUUUUUUUUUUCUCAGCAAGUCCUAGAAGUGGAAGAUACCUCAGAUUACCAGUGCCCUUUACUAUUUCCUAGUGUUCAGAUCGAUGCUUUCCAUUCUCUAGCCAGGUUUUUCCAUAGGUUGUUCUAGAUAGAGUGGCCCUAGUGAGAUCCUGUGUAGCGGGUGGUGUGUGGAGGCCAAUUGGAGCUCUGACUCAGCACCAGCUGCCCAACACCACAGUGAGACCUGGAUGCCAUUCCUAAUCGUGACGUGGUUACCGGGAAAGAAAAUCGUCUCUUGACUGCCUGUGGGUGCGUGGUCACCUGUGUGUGUUUCGUGCAGGAAGUAGCUGUCAUGGUAUUUUUUUUUUUCUUUUUACUCCCAGAAUAAGCUUAUGGCCCUUUUCCCCUCCUUCUGUCUCAUACCUGGCAAGGUUGGUUUGUCCUUCCUUCCUCCCGAGUUGACUAAAGCAUCCUGAAUUGGGAGGAGGUGGUCUGGCACAGCCCUUUCUUGCUAAAGAUCAGCCGGUGAAGAAAGGAGCCACACAAGGCUGAAUUCACAUCAGUGAUGGGGAGUGCCUUGGCGACUAACCGUGCGUGGCCGCAGGGCUGCUCAGGGGUGGGGCCUCACAGUCACUUUGCCUUUUCCUGUGUGUUUGUUUCAGAAUCCCUCACUCACGGAAUACAUUUGCAAGUUGUAAUUAAAGAAAAUAUUUUGAUGUGAAAAAGCAGGCUGGACCAGCUAGGUUUGAAAGAUGACAUCUGUGACCUGGUCGGUCUGUCAUUCGCUCCUAGUUUUUACAUGUUUACAGUUGUGAUUCUUUGGUGAGAUUUGUGAACUGUUGAGGACACGUGUAGAAUCCGUGUACCAGUUGUGAAGUGACGUGUAAUAUCAGAAGGACACACAUUUUAAAGUUUCUUUCAAAGCAGAAUAUGGAAAUUAGACAUAAAUUUGAUUUACCUUAGGUACUUUUAAAAUAAUUUAAGUACUUAAGGUGAAGUAAAUUUGGAAAUUCUUUUAAAGUACCAAGGGUUUGGGGUAAAAUCUUAUUGGUUAGUGCAGUAAGUUGGUGACUAUGAAGUGAUGUGUGGGGUUUCUUCUUGCCUGCCUUCCCCUCCAGAGAGGGGUAGAGCUUCACUUUCUACUCUGUUUUGCUGAGGUUUCACUAUCCUUCGGAUACCAUUGGGGAUUCAUCUCUGAGUUCAAUCUAAUUUCCACAUGUAUAUUUUAAAAAAGAAGACAACAUGUCUGUUAAUGAUGUGGUACAGUAAUUCCUUUGUCAGGGACUGUUGGAUCCUAAUUCCUUCCUAACAGUAAAGGUUGGGACAUACUUUCCUCCUCCUUAGGUGCGUUUUCUUCAUGCCACGCUAGUUCUAACCGGUCCUUCUGGUGAAAGCUUUCUUUCUCUGCUUCGUAAAGGAAUGAUGAUGAUCAGCAGGCAUUAUGCAGAUACCAUGUGCCUGAGCUUUUGGAGGGAAAGUCACAUGACUGUAUGAAAUCAUGAUAUGCCCUAUUUUGUAUUUAUUGAAUUUGGGGAGGGCAAAAUAUGUUUGUAAUAUAUUUACUUUUUUUCAAAUCAUGUUAAUUAAUUGGAACAUUUAUUUUUAAUAGCUUUGCCAUUUUUGCAGAUUGAGAAAUUUCUAAAUUAUAAAUUAUGUCACAAAGCAAAAUUAUAUUUGGUAUCACCAUGACCUUCUUUCCUGACUUGUGAGACACAGCUUUUUGACUCGUUCUCACCUGGGAACUCACAUCAGUAGUUUUUCAUUUUAGUGCACUGUAAUGAAAUGAUGAGUGGUUACCUCACCGCAAAAGUAUCAUUUCGUUUGCUAAGCUGUUUUCAUAUCCCAUUAUAAUCAUCACUAGAUAACUGUGCAUUCCCAGGAAAUUGAAGCAGAUUGAAGCAGAGCAGCACUGGACUUCCUCCUCACGCUCCUGGCUGACAGAGGAGUCAUGGGUGGUCAAUUUGGACUGUUACUGGCUGUUUGUCCCUGCAUUAGCUGCUGAAAAUUCUCCAGUUGUCAAAACUGAGUUUGCAGUAGGUUGCACCUUUUAUUGUUUGCAGUUUUCUGUUUUAUGUGCAUUUAAAAGCCCUUCUUUGCUUUCGAGGAAGAAGGCAUGAAGUGAUCAGGAAUGUUGCCAGUUACAGCUUCACGCCAAAAAUAGUGAGUCAGCUCACUCUUGUGUAGAUGCCCAUGAUGAUAGCAGAAGAGAGGGCAGUCUUAGAGAGUACUGGUAUAGAAUUGGGUAAUUAGCAAAAAGCACACUUUUCUCCUCUUUCACAACUAACAUCCAAGCCUGUAGUUUGCUUUUCUUGUGAGUCCCCUGUUGGAAGAAUGUCUAUCUAUAAGCCCAGAGGUAUCCACUUUGUUUCUCUUCUAGUCUCUUAAUAGUAGGUGGGGUAUUAAUAUGCAAAGAAAAAUUAAGCGUCUCUUACGAUGCUUACAUGAAAACGUAGCACUUGUGUUAUGGUGAGGCAAUACUGGAAUCAAAAACAAACCUUCCACAGGUCCUGAAGGGUAGACACUAGCUUUGGUUGUAGUGUUCAGUACCUAAGAACAGCGACAAUGGGGGCUCCUCUGUCUCUGCAGCUCUUUGGGACCAUUUCUAAAGGCCAGUUAGAUUGUGUUACUGUGAUUUAAUUUUUGAACUUGCUGCAGUUAAUGAAUGCAUCCUGUGCUCUGAGAAUCUGACAAGUCAGCAGCCGUAAUCUCUGGUAUCUGAAGGGAAGGUGGGCUUUUCUCUCCUUUAGUUGUUAAAGUUAUUUUAGUAAAGGACUUAAGACAUUGUUUGUUUCUUCUGUAAAAACGGCUUAGCAAGUUCCACUCCUGGGGAGGCUCCACAGUAAACAGUAGGAUAGUGAAAGCAUUAAAGGUAGACCGCCAAGUGACAGUCCAUGCAAUGGACAGGUCUUGUAGUUAUCAUGGCCUAGCUGGUGAGCAAAGGUUUUCUCUCGUGAGCCUCCUGUGGGAGGUGUUCCUGCUCCAGAAAAGACAGCGUUUCCAUGCUGGCAGGCAGUGUAGUGUGUCUAGUGUCCCUCUGUGAGAAGAUUAUGGUUUAAUGAGAAUCAGAUGGAGUUGGAAAGUGAUUGUUUUCUAUUCCUUAAAGUUGAUGUUACCAGUUUUAGUGGCGUAAGGCUAAGGACAGCUAAUACUUUAUCUUUGCCAAAUAACUAUUUCUAAGAUUAAUUUUUUAAAGUAAACCAGACUCUCAUAUUUUUGGUUGUGAGCCUAGCCUUUAACGGCUGAGCCCUCGAGCUGAGUUCCCAGCGUGGCUGUGCACUGUUUGGACAUUGCAGAGUCUGAGGAUAGUAACACUAAACUAUUUAACAGGUUUGGAAUUCAUUAGAAUUUUGAGAGUAUUUACUUUUCAGACUCUUCACCUUUUCUUUUUAGAUUUAAAAAAAUUGAAUUCUAUUCUUUAGCUGAUGUGUAGGAUAGUCUAAUAGAGUGGUUUGUUGAAUGGUCAGUACAAUGCUGCACUCUAAUGAGGAAAUUUAGAAACACCUUUGAGUUUAGUUGGAGUGAAUCCUCAUUUGUAUUUCAUUUAUUACUGCUCUCCCACACUGUUCUAGAGGUUUCUUCCUGUCAAAAUUAUUUCAUGGGGAUAGUCACUCAUGAAACGUUAUAUAUUUUUUCCCCUCUCAAUAACUUGAAAAAUAACUGAAUCUUCCCUGGAACUAAGUAGAAAAGAAAAUUAUUAUAUUCUGGUGGGAACCAAAAUCACACUUUAAUUAAAGUAGUAUUUUAAAUGCUGUCUUUCCCAAUGUGUAUAAUACGAUUUCUGUGAAGAGCUCAGAUGGAGAUCUGGUAAGCAGUCCCCUGGCUGGCCAGCGAGUUAAGAAAGGAACUUCUGGACGUGAGUCACGCACGGCUCUUCUAGCGGCCAGGGUCAUCACCGCUGCAGGCGUGGGGGGCUUAGGGAGCUGUGGGGGUUUUCACUUUUCCUUGGUCAGCUUUCCCCUCUGCACUGCGAUGGGGAGCAAGUAAAAAGAGAUGUGGCGUUCCAGAGAGAUGGGUCGUGACUUUCUUUACCCGUAUUCCAGAGCAUCAGUAAUGUUUUGAGUGGCUUGAAGAGCAGAUCCAAGAUGAUCUUUGGCUGAUCUAAAGUUGGUGUGAAGAGCAGUCUUCUAAGACGGAAGCUGUUGGAUCUUGGAGGCCAGUGGGACAGCAUGCUUUCUUCCCUUCCUCCCUCUGCCUGUUUUGCACGCUCCUCCCCGGCACUGCGGUGUGCACACGCACACACUUGAGCCGCACUCAUCUUGGCCCAAGAGUGAUAGGAUCUUUUCUCAUUGGUUUUUAUUGUUGUUCUUAUGUGUUUGUUUGUUUGCUUUUCAAGCUGGGGACCACUGACCUAAGCUCUAUAUGCACCCCAAGUUCCCCAUGGAAAACGUUUCAACAUGCAGGGCAAAAGGCACCAGUACAAUUCCAGGCCAUGCCGUUGCUUUGCCUUGGGGAAUAGACUGGUUUGCCCCCAGUGACUCCAGCCUGUAUCCUUAAGGUACAGGCGACCCCAGCGGGUUAGUGCUGACACAGUAGAGAGCUUGACACCUGCUGACAGCGUGUGCCUCUGUUCCAAAGGGUUGAAUCGGUUCUCAACGGUGAUAACUCGUCUCACUGUAUAGUGUUGAGUAUGUCUCAGGGAUUCCUUGCGGAAAUUAGGGCCGUUUUUAAAAUAAGAAAAUAGUUUUCAAAGAAACUAAAGGUGAUUCAUCACUGAUGAGAGCUCGAGAGAGAGAGAAAGCGUCUGGGCUCACAGCCCGUGGUGUCUCGCGAGGACUUCUUCCUUUCCACUUCAGCCUCUCAUCUCAGCUCAGCACACAGAGUCCUUUCCCAUCAUGCACAGCUUUAAAACUUUUAUUUAAAAACUUCCUUCCCCAAUGAGCUUUCAGAAUACUUAUUGUAGAUUUUAAGAGAAAAGGUAUAUUAAUUUAUGCUAUUAACAUCACCUCAUAAAUUAUAAGUUUUAUACUAAAGCUGUAUUGAGUGUAAUGAAUUAUGUUGCCUAUGUGUUUUAAUAGCUUAAAAAUUAUAUAUGAGCUUCUUUUUAUUUUUAUUUUUAUUUUUGACAAAACAAACUAGUGACGCACCUUUUUACACUGGAUCUCUGCCGUGUCAAGGUGUAUAGCUAUCCUUUGCUACCUUGCAGAUAUAUAAAGAAAAGGAUAACCUGGGGCCUCAAAAUGUAGAACACCCUUAGACCAUUUAUCAUCAUUCAUAGAGCUGUUGAGAAUCAUGUUCUUUACUACAUGAUCUGUGGUUUACACUUAAUGAUGGCUAGACGCUUAGUUACAGGGUAAAUAGAAGCAAAUAGAUCCAGUGAAACUCCCACUGCUGUAGCUGGAAUUUGUAAACCUAGUUUUUAAGACCUCUGUUAUUUCCUAUGGAUUUAUUCUUUAAUUUACAGUUUAUUCUGUAAGUUGAGAAGUAAAAUAGAGGAAUUAAUAAAUCUAGAUGUUCUCAGUGUCUCAUUCAGGAACAUUUUCCCCUCCUCACUAAGGAAUUCCCACUGUGACUUAAAAAUAGAGGUAAAUUACUUGUAUGCAUGUAUGUACCUGUGUUUUUACACACAUGCAAAAAUAUACAUUGGGGGCACGUGUGUGAGAUAUGAAUGUGCGCUUGUAUAAAAAUAGAAAGGUAACCGAAUGUAUUAUAGAAAUAUGAUUUAUUUAGCUGAGGGAAUUACAGUUACUUUCCCAUUGUUUCUUUUUAUAAACAUACCAUAUUCUUCACUAUAUUAUGUUCAAAGGCUAGCUCUGAUAUCAUGUGCAUUUUCUUUUAACUUUUGAAUUAAUUUAUGGUGUUUUUAAAGUAACAUGAGAAAGGGCAGAUUCUAAGACCAGCCUCAUACUUAUGAGCAUAAAAAUAAGAGAGAGACAGACCUAGAUAACAGCUUGUUUAUUUAUUGAGGUGAUGGGACCACAGAUUUGUUGAAACAUUUUUAUGUCUAAUAAAUGUUCUUUAUAUUCCAAGUAAUCAAGUAUUAUGAUGUUUUCUUGGUCAAGUUCAGAAAACAUAGGCCUUGAUAAGGAAGCUUCUGAAGGGGCCGCUUGUUUAAGGAGUUGGUGGACUCAUUUCACUGUGCAUAUUCCAAAGCUGGUAUGAUUUUAGUUAUUUCCAAACCAUUUUUUAAAACUGAGGUGUGCCGUUGGUGACGGAGCGGAGCACCACAGUUCCCCGCUGCCGGCUGUAGGGAGAUCAUGCUGCCCUUGAUGCUUACCUGAUUCCCAGGGGACUGAAAAGAAAGACACAUUCCUGACCUUUGAGCUUUGUCACUUGGCUGUGCGUCCUGUCCUGGAGGACAGAUGAUCUGCGAUGUCACCUAGAGCCACGUGUUCCCAUCACACUUCCUUCCACUCAUACGCUUAGGGUAUGUCAGAGCAGCUCCUGAGGACACGUGUGAAUUGGCAGUUGUCUUUGAGGCUUCGGUUACUUCAUCUUAGGUUCCGUCAGAACCCGGGAACGCUGUCUGUGUUGUUUUUUACGAUUGUAUUUUUGUAGCAUCUCCCUGUUUCAUUCACUCUUGCUUUUGGAUUUUGAGAAAUCUGCAUAUUUCUUGUACAUAUGCAUGCAAAUGAAGGGAGGGAGUUUGUACUGAUGCCGUUUCUCCCUUCGGUUGCUGGUUAACGGAAUUUGCUAGAAUCAAUUCCCCUUAUUGAAGGGUGAAAACAGACCCUUUGUGUAUAUCUGUACAGAGAUGUGUAUAUGGGAUGUGGUGGCACUUUGCUGAAUGUGAACUUGCCUUGUCAAUGGAAAGAUUGAAAAGUAUUAUGUUUAUUUAUACAUUUGUAUAAAUCUAUAUAUACACGUAUGUAUAUGUGUGUGUGUAUAGAUAAAGCUAUAUACAUAUAUUUCCCUAAAAAUGUGUGUGUGAUAGAUUUACAGCCUUUGCUAAGCAAGAUUAUGCAUCUGUGGGAAAUUCUGGAUUAUUCUGCAAGCCCGCAGAAGUGGCAACAUCAUCAGGCAUACUGAACUACAAAUCCUUUGGAUUCCAGUCACAAAUCGCAGAUUACAUUGGUCACAAAUGAUUCUCUUCUUUCUUCUCACCAAUUGCACUGUUCCUCAGACUGCUAGCUAGUUUCUCAUUACUUCACACUCACACAUCUUUGCCGAGUUGUCUAUUGUCCAGUGCAGGAGAUGGACUCCUGAGGGUGGCCUGGGCAGGGCACGUGCUGAGCCACAUCGUCCCCUCCCCCCUUCUUCCCGACUUAGUUCUCUGACUAGACGCCUUGGCAUAAAGAUCUCAGCUGUUGUUUUCACAUUCCUUUGUCAGUGACAGUCCCCACAGUACACAGCUUUCAGUAAUAUUUUCUUUGACAUUUGGGUCGCCAUCAAAAAAUAAAAAGCCAACAUUCAAACAAUUAAUUUUGAAUUUUUUUACCUAGGGAACUUGGGAGGAUUUUACUUAAAGUGAAAAAAAAAAACCCCAUAAUUAUGACUUUAUGAUUGAUACUAGUGUUAGGUGUAUUUCCACACUUCUUAUCAUUUAAAUAGUUUGAUUUGCUUUGUGUUUUAAAUGUAAGUUUACCAUUUGAAUUUUAACAGCGUACACAAAGUCACAUGAAAGCCUCUUGAAUUCUGUAACUGACUCACGUUUCUCAUGGUGAAAUGCUCUAAUGAGUUCUUAGGUCAUAAAUUCUGCUAGAUUUCCUUUGACUUCCCUUACGGUUGUGACAUUCGGUUUUAACUCUGCCCCAGCUCUCUAGAAAACUUCCACCCUUAUAUAUCGUGCCUUUAAAGCUCUUAUGCACACACAGAUAAAAGUGUAUAUAUAUACAUGUGGGCGCAUGUGUGCAUACACUCUGGUAUGUACUCACACAGUAUGUCUCCAGGACGUAUUGUGGGAGUGGACAUAGAGAUAUUCAAAGGCAAUGGAAUAUUGCUCUCUAGAUAAUAUAUGUAUAUAAAUAGUGUCGAUAAAACUGUACAUACACAUGUAUAUGUUUGAGUUCUAAAUGGCAACCUUUUACAUUUAGCAAAAUGCUGCCCUACUGGAAUAUUGUCACUGCGGUGGCAGUUGUAUGUAAUGAUUUAAAAUACAUUUAUCAGAAAUUAUUUAAAGAACAUUUAAAGGUCUCAUCUAAAGACAGCCGCACACUAUUUAUUUACCUUCCUGUUCAUUUGAUUGUUGUGUUUGCGUCACUGUAAGGGAGACUGUCAUUUUAAAAAUACCAUCUGCACGUGAGAGACGAGAGUCACUUGGGGCACUCUGUGCCCACCCCACCCCAAAACAGUGAUAUGCCACAACCCAGCUUGUCUACUUCGGCUUCAACGCAGUCCUAACAUGGCCAUUUGUGUGUGUCAUCCACCAUCUCCUUGAUCAACUUAAUCCACCAAUUUGCCUCCUCUCAUUAAUGAAUAAUGAUCGCUUCGAUCGUGCCGCCUGGGGGAAGCUGACCCCUCUCUUGCUGCAAGGAAAUGGGUCAUCUAGUUCUUCUGCCUUGUUCCAAAUUCACCUUGGAAAGAAGACGGUUCUCACGAUGCUGUCUUAAGCAUAGUUUAUUUGGCAUAGUUUGAUUUAUUUAAAGACCUUACUUAAUUUUUUUGGAAAGCGCUCUUUCUUAACUCUUAAGUUGCAUGUACUUGGCGUAUGUUUAAUUCUUACUGCCCUUCCCCGCAAGGUAUUUUUUCACUAGUCUAUCAGUUUUCCGUACUGAAUGCAAGAACAUUAAGACAAAACCGUUAAGUCCUCUUGUCAUUUGUGAUGAGCUGGCAGCAGGUUACACCUCAAGAAUUUAGAGCGAGAGAAAGGUAGAUGGAUAGAUUAUCCUAAAUGCCCUCUUAGGUGGGGAGUGGAGUAAAGGUUCUCCUGGGAAACAGAGUUCACAGAGUAGCUCACUGGAACUGAUAUCAGAACCAGCCUUUAACAAAAAGCCCCUUGGCAGACGUGUGGUACUCACCAGAGUGCCCAAGUGUAAAUUGAAACCAGGUUGCAGUGGGAAAUCAGAGGUGAGGUAGCCGUGGGAGAGCAGCCAGGGACAGGCGGGCUGGACAGUUUGAAAAUGUCUUUCAACAAAGUAACUGCACGGUAGCAAGGACUAGCCGUACCGAGAGCUCCUCUUUCUUCAGCGUUCUCGUUCACCUUGGCACACAGUCUGCAACAUACACCAUCCAUUCAGAGCCUAGACCGGAGGGAGAGCUGCUUAAAGGGGACUUACAAACCAAGCGUCUUCUCACGGCGGUGCCACGGCCGCCACCUAGCUCCAGGCACGCACCCUGGGAGCAGAGCAUAGAGAGGGUUUGGAAAGGCCUGCCUGUGGCACUGGCUGUGGUUUGGCUGGGGGGGGGGACAUUUGGGGAGAUGAGGGGCUUUUGGUUUGUGAUUUCCCUUUAAACAGGGAGAGAUGGUUCCCAUUUUCCAUAUAUAUAUCUCAAUGAAUGUACUGUAUUACUGUUUUAAAAAUUUGAUGAAAUAAUAAUGGAUUGGUCUCCUUUUGUUAUCUGGUCCUUGUUUAAUUUGUUUAAGGGUUUUUGUAUACAAAAGUUUACAUUUUUAUGUAUAUUUUUCUUGUGUAAAAACUGAUGUAAUAUGUGUAUAAAACACUGUAUGUAUUAUCUGUAUAUAGUGUGACAAAAUGAUUUUUCUUUCUUUCUUUUGGAUGUAUUAAUAAAUCUUGCUGUGAAGUA